AUGAAAGUUCUGACAGCUCUUCUGACUAUCGCACUCGUCGGCGCGACGGCUGCCUGGGCCAAGACAGGAAGCUUCACGUACGACGACGGCUCGUCCUACGAGGGCGAGUUCGAGGACGGGAAGGUCCACGGCCAGGGCACCUACACCUGGAGUGACGGCACCAUGUACUCAGGUGCAUUCGAGUCCGGUCUGCCGCACGGCGAAGGCCGGCUGACGUGGCCUUCGGGCGCCAUGUACGAGGGGCCGUUCCAGGCUGGCGAGAUGGCCGGUACCGGCAUGAUGAUGUGGCCGACCGGCGCGACGUAUGAAGGCAACUUCACCGCCGGGCGCAUCAACGGCUACGGCAUGCUCACUUGGCCCGACGGCCUGACCUACAGCGGCAUCUUCGUGACGGAGACCAUCGAAGGGGCCGGCAUGCUGAUGUGGACCGACGGCACCAGCUACGAAGGCGACUUCGUGGGCGGGAGCAUCGACGGCUCCGGCAUGAUGAAGUGGCCUAGCGGCGACAUGUAUGAGGGCGGCUUCAUGGGUGGCGCGCCUAACGGCGAAGGCGUCUAUGUCUGGGCGACCGGCUCCCGCUUCGAGGGCAUGUACGAGAACGGUCUGGCCAAGGAAGGCACGUUCUACGUCACCGAUAGUGACGGCAGGGAAUUGGCACUUCAUGGCGUCUCAGGAUGCCGACGGGGCCUGGAUGGUCGAGCAUCCCGACGACCAGAUGUAGCCAGCGCCGGUAGGUCCGAAACGAAAGAGAUAGGACAGCCGAGCUGAGCGAAUGGCGGGGACGGUGCCCUGGGAGGUCGACAAGACCGACCGGGCAUCGUUACCCGUUUCCGUUAACCCGCACAUCACCAUUCGCGCACCCGCUGACGGAGUCGGGUGGGGGACAUCGCACCCGUGCCUCAAAGGCAGGUGCGCGUUCGCGCGUUCCGCGGGACGUGAACGCGUCAGCCGCUCCGGUACUCCGCCAACACUCGAUCCAUCACCCAACCGGUGCGCGCGGCGCUCCUUCCCGUGCUCGGGCAACUCCCGAAGCCGCGGAGCUCAUCCACGAUCGACUGGAUCAGCGGCUGCUGCACGU